AUGUCCAACGUGGCGUCCCAGAACCGUUUUGCCUACCUCGGCAACGACUCGGACGGCGAGGAGAAGCCUGUCGUCCCCGUCAAGACCGUGGACAAGGCCACCACCCGCACGACGAAGCGUAAUGUCGAGCCCCAGGCCCCUGCCCGUGGCACCGUAACCCAGCGCCGCGGAGCUCCCGCCCCCGCCCGCGGUUCCGUCAUGCAGCGCCGCGGAGCUCCUCGUGGAAGCGAGGGUGCCUUCCGUGACCGUGGUGCCGGUAGCGACCGCAACCACGGACGGCCCACGGAAGAAGCUCCCCGGGAUGGUGCCCGCGGCGGUUACGGCGCUCGCGCCGAGGCUCCCGCCGUCCCCGCGAGAACGACGACCGACACCCCAGCCGGAGCGGUGCUCAUGGGUAUGACAUCGCACCCGCCAUUUGCCUGCUGCCAAACGCCCAUCCCAUUCGCUAACUUCUUGUUCCUCAGUGGCUCUGACAAGCAGACCGCCCAGUCGUGGGGCGCCACCGAGGGCAAUGCCGAGCUGAAGGACGAGCAGGCCGGCGAGGCCAUGGCCCGGUCUGAGCAGCGAGAUGCUCUCGCCGAGGACGCCGCCGAAGAGCCGGCCGAGCCGGAAGACAAGAGCAUCUCGUACGAUGCCUACCUCACCCAGCAGGCCGAGAAGAAGGCUGCUCUCGACGCCGAGUUCAACGUCCGCGUGGCCAACGAGGGCAGCAAGCUUGACAAGAAGUGGGCUGCCGCCAAGACGCUCGAGAACGAAGAGGAGGACUUCAUCACGGCCUCGGGCGGCAAGAAGCAGCGUGAGCGUGAGCGCAAGGUCAAGCAGACCGUUGACUUCGACCCCCGCUUCGUCGAGCCCGAGCGCACCGGCGGCCGUGGCGGCCGUGGCGGCCGAGGUGGCCGCGGAGGUGAGCGUGGCGGCGACCGUGGCCGCGGAGCCAACUUCCGAGGCGCACGCGGUGGCCGCGACAACGCCGCGCACAUCAACACCAAGGACGAGUCUGCCUUCCCCAGCCUCGGCGGCAACUAG